GGGUUCGUGCACAGGUGUAAACGGACUCCUCGUUUGACAGGCUCUCUCGUUGUGGCAGACUUCCACUUCGCAGGUGCUCCUCAUAGGGCGCAAUUCGGCGGGAGGUUCUGGUCGUUGCUACAGUACUAUGAACACCUUUUUUACGACGUACACACACGUAUUCGAAAACCAUCCAAAUGGUCAUGUUCUACGCCGGUCAUUGCAGGACCAAGUCCUUCGCACCGUACAAUCGCCCGACAUGCACCAGCACGGCCUCCCCAGCGAUGUCCUGCCACACAACAUAAACGACUGAGAUAUCACCAACAGGAGUGGACUGUCCCGCCGGCCUUGGGAAGUGCAUUGAAACUGCUUUCGAUCCUGGCUGGCGCUCGGAUGCAGGUUAUCGCCUUCGAAAGUGGAGAGUUCGAGAUCAGCACGUUCCUCGCUCGUGUCGCGCGCUGAACAAGAAGGAAAGACAGAUGUACAAUGCCGCGGCGCUCACUCAUCGCGCUCAGAUCAAUCCACUCUCCAGUCGAUAAGCCCAUGAAACUUGUUCGAGAUGAAGACGAGAGACAUAGACAAUGCUCCACACCGUGUAGACUCCGAUGAAUGCAGCGCGGCAGAAGAUUCACCAAACCGCCUGGGUUCGCCGCUCCUGCGUCCUAAGAAAUACACACCGUCAUCGGAACAAGCUGUCAUCUCUGGACGCCGUCAUAACCACAUUGACAAGUCUUGCAUGGCGGUAACAUCAUUCGGCCGAUUCGCGACAACACCUGAGGGCGAUGUUCCCCGUUGUUUGUAACGGCCCAGCACCAAACACGAUCCUGCUGCCCCAGAGAACGGGGCAUUGUCAGGUCCACCCACCGGUUAUCGCUCUAGUGCGCGUCGUGCUAUGCCAGCCUCUCCCAAGCUUCUCUCUACUUGUCUAUGGCAGACAGUUAUCUACCUUUCGACUUCGUUUCGCACUGUCAUAGUAUGUAUAGUAUGUUCAUUCGACAAAAAGUGCUCUUUCGAUCUACUCGAGUACUGCUGGAACGGUCUCAAGCUGCAGCAUUGUGAAGACGGGGGGCCAAG